AUGGAAGCAACAGGUUUGAGCGUGGGCAAGUCUGUGCUGCAUGGAGCGCUUGGCUACGCCAAAUCCGCAUUGGCGGAGGAGGUGGCUUUGCAGCUCGGAGUUCGGCGUGAUCAGGCCUUCAUCACCGACGAGCUUGAGAUGAUGCAGGGUUUCCUUAUGACUGCACACGACGAGCAAGACGACAACAAGGUGGUCAGGAUCUGGGUAAAGCAAGUUCGCGACGUGGCCUAUAACGUCGAGGACUGCCUCCAGGAUUUUGCUGUUCGUCUGGACAAACAAUCUUGGUGGCGCGCGCCUCUUACGCUGCUAGACCGGCGCCGUGUGGCCAUGGAGAUGAAGGAGCUUAGAGCCAAGGUUGAAGAUGUCAGCCACAGGAACGUACGGUACAAUCUCAUCAAGAACCCUGGCUCCAGAUCUGCCACUCCUACUAGCCAGUCCAGCAUCGCAGGUACAACAAUGCUUGGAAUUGAGGAGGCCAUGAAGCACAAAACAUCAAAAGUGGAUCUUGUCCAGCUGAUAAACAAGAAGGAUACCGACCUUAGGGUGAUUGCAUUGUUGGGGAAAGGUGCUGAUCUCGGGCAGACAUCGAUCAUCUGGACAGCUUAUGAGAAUGAAGAGGUCAAAAAAAAUUUUACAUGCCGAGCAUGGGUGAGGGUGAUGCAUCCUUUUAAUCCAGAAGACUUCAUUCAAAGUUUGGUGGAGCAGUUCCACACAUCAGUAGGGGUUGACAUUAUGUUGGAAACAAAAAAGAAGGGGCAAGAGUUGGCUGAUGAAUUCAAUGGAUAUGUCAAUGGAAAGAAGUUCUUGAUUGUGCUUAAUGACCUGUCAAGAAUUGAAGAGUGGAAUCGGGUUAAGAGGUGUUUUCCAAGCAAUAAUAAAGGGAGCCUCAUAAUAGUGUCCACAAGGCAAGGUGAAGUUGCAAGCUUAUGUGCAGGACAAGAAAGCACGGUAUCAGAGCUCAAGAAAUGUUCCUUUGAUCAAAAUCUUUAUGCAUUUUAUGAGAAGGGUUCUCAAGAUGGAACAGAUUUAACGAAGGCUGCCAGGUCAAGCUCAAGAAAUGCCAUCACCAAUGGUACAUACCAUUCUCAUUCUCAGGAUGCUGAAUGGAAUCGUUCAACCAGUAAGAGCUACAGUCGUGCCAUGACCAUGGCGAUUUCUCUAGAGGAAUCACAUAUUGUUGGUCGAGAUACAGAGAUAAAAAAGAUCAUCGAUCUAAUUUUGGAUAAAGCUGGCCAACAACUUAAGGUGAUCUCUGUGUGGGGAAUGGGUGGCCUGGGGAAAACUACACUGGCCAGAGAUGUCUAUCAGGAGAUCAGUGGCAAGUUUGAGAAGCGUGCAUGUGUCACUAUCAUGCGGCCUUUCAUUCUUGAGGAACUCUUUAAGAGCUUAGUUAUCCAACUAAAUGCAGAAACUUCUGAAAAGAAGAAUGUAGUAGGUUUGUUGGGUAGUACAAAGAUAACAUCACCACCGGCAAUUUCUCUUUCAGAGUUGACCAAGGAGUUGGCCAGGCUUAUAGAAGAAAAGAGUUCCUUGAUUGUUCUUGAUGAUGUGUCAUCUGUUGCAGAAUGGGACCUGAUAGUGCAAAGAUUCCCUAAAAUGGCAAAAGGAAGCCGGGUCCUAGUCACUACUAGGGAAGAGAAUAUUGCUAAGCUUUGUUCAGUGCAGAAGGAUUAUAUAUAUAAACUAGAAGCUCUGAAAAAAGAGCAUGCGCGGGACCUGUUCACGAAAAAGGUAUUUAAGGAGGCUGUAUAUCUGGAUGAGCAAUAUCCUGAGAUGGUUGAACAAGCUGAAUUGAUCCUUAAGAAGUGCCGUGGGCUUCCUCUUGCAAUAGUAACUAUAGGUGGGUUCUUGGCAAACCAACCAAAGACAGCUGUGGCGUGGAGGAGAUUGAAUGAGAAUAUUAGUGCUGAAUUGGAGACAAAUCAAGAGCUUGGGACCAUAUUAGCUGUCCUCACUAAAAGUUAUGAUGGUUUACCAUAUGAACUGAAAUCUUGUUUCCUGUAUCUUCCCAUCUUUCCUGAAGACUACAAGGUUAGCCGGCGACGUUUGGUGCGGAGGUGGACUGCGGAGGGUUACUCAAGGGAGGUGCGUGGCAAGUCCGCAGAGGCAAUAGCAGACAACUACUUCAUGGAUCUUAUAAGCAGGAGCAUGAUCUUGCCACACCAACAAUCAAUUCAUAGUAGAAAAGGAAUUGACGCCUGCCAUGUCCAUGAUCUCAUCCGUGAAAUUGGCGUCUCCAAGUCAAUUGAAGAAAAUCUUGUGUUUAGGCUGGAGGAAGGUUGUAGCCUGAACACCCAGCACACAGUACGUCACCUUGCAAUAAGCAGCAAUUGGGAGGGAAAUCAGAAUGAUCUCGAGAGCAUAGUAGAUAUGUCUCGCGUACGAUCAAUAACAGUUUUUGGAAAGUGGAAAUCAUUUUACAUUUCCGAUAAGAUAAGGUUACUACGGGUGCUAGACUUGGAAGGCACCUCAGGUGUAUUUGAUCAUCACCUUAAGGACAUUGUGAAGCUUCUUCACCUAAAA